AUGGUUCACAACCCUGGCGCUCUUCCAGAGCCUCGUUACUUUGAUGAGGCAUUGUUCACUGGGCCGGACUUGACCGUUGUUUUCGAGAACUCAUUUUCCAAUUGGACGACUGAAAGUGGCGAGCUCUUCAAGGCGACGGGUUCAUAUGAUCGCGAAAAGCUUGCGCUGCUUGUGCACUCCACACCGGGUCUGUCGAUUCUUGAGACCGCUAGUACGCUAUUGCAAUUACUAGCCGUAGGCCGCGGCAUCUGGUUAACAGGUAGCUCGAACUAUACCGAGCUCGACGGUGUGCUACCUGCGUUUAUCGAAGGCUUGGAUGCGCUGUUGAGUUGA